GACAGACCUCAUGAAAACACGGACACACACAAUGGCGGGAGUGAAGAUCAAGUUCAGUGGUUAAUGUUAACAGUUAUAUGACCACUCUUUAACCAGCAGUGAAUGAAAGUUCACAUCGAAGCUUCAAAAUCACAAGCCUCGCAGGAGCUUGAAGUGCACAUGUUAACAUGUCUUUAACAAGAGUGUUGAAGAGACUGAGUGGAUCUGUGCUCUGGAAACAAGGUUUGGAGAGUCUGGGAGGAAGAUUACAGCACACUGAUGCCCAUUCAUCUGCACUCAACUACCAGCUGCUGUCUGACUGCCUGGAGCUCAACUAUGGUGGUCUUGUAAUGCACUUUGACUAUGUUUGGCUGAGAGAUCACUGCCGUUCAGCUUCAUGCUACAACUCAAAGACCAACCAGCGCAACCUGGACACGGCCGGCAUCGACCUGGACAUCCGGCCCUCAAAGAGCCGAGCCGACGAACACCACCUGUUCCUGACCUGGCCAGAUGGUCACGUGACGCGCUACAGCCUAGCAUGGCUAGCGCAGAACAGCUACGAGGGCCAGAAGAGAAGUUCCAUGCAACCGCGCUUGCUGUGGGACGCUGAUAUCUACACCAGCGCUCGGCCUCCCAGUGCAUGCUGGGAGAAGUUCAUGAGCUGCGACGAGGAGCUGAAGAUCUUCCUCAACUGCUUCUUGCUUUAUGGAAUAGCCUUCGUCGAAGGCGUCCCACCGACCCUUGAAGCCACAGAAGCGGCGACCCGAAGAGUGAGCCUCAUCAGAGAGACCAUGUAUGGGCGGAUGUGGAACUUCACUUCAGACUUUUCUCGUGGAGACACAGCCUACACAAAGCUGGCACUGGACCGCCACACCGAUACCUCAUACUUUCAAGAACCCUGCGGCAUCCAGGUGUUUCACUGUCUGAGGCAUGAAGGCACGGGCGGCCGGACUCUCCUGGUGGACGGUUUCCACGCCGCGGACGCGGUCCUCCAGCGGACGCCCGGGAACUUCGAGCUGCUUUCCCACGUGCCGAUCAAACACGAGUACGUCGAGAACCUGAGCGAGCACCGCAACCACAUGAUCGGCAUCGGGCCCGUGCUCAACGUGUAUCCCUGGAACAACGAGGUCUACAUGAUUCGGUAUAAUAACUACGACCGCUCUGUGAUGAACACAGUGGCUCAUGAUGUGGUGCGGCGCUGGUACGCGGCUCACAGGGAGCUCACCGCAGAACUGAGGAGACCCGAGAACGAGCUGUGGGUCAAACUCAAGCCCGGAAAGGUUCUGUUCAUUGAUAACUGGCGUGUUCUGCACGGCAGAGAGUCGUUCACGGGCCUGAGGCAGCUGUGCGGAUGCUAUCUGACCCGGGACGAUGUGCUGAACACGGCCCGAUCUCUGGGACUCCGUGCCUGAGCACUCGACUACCCCGAGGACACCAGUUUAUAACCAGAUUUACAGCAGGAUCACAACAACUCGUUGAACAUGGAUAUGAAGACUUCACUUAACUCUCAGUUUUUAUAUAUGUAUAAGAAUUGAUCUGUCUCUCUAUCGGUACACACUUAACAAUCAACUCAGCUCUUUGUUUGAAUGAUUUUAUUAUUUUAAUUAAAUUAGGUUUGUGUAGUGGAUGUAUCUUUUUGAUCCAAAAUGUUUUCUUUCCAAAGAAAACCAGAUAGUUGUAAUCAAAGGUGCUGUAUGUAAAAAAAAAAAUGUUUUUGGUCGUACUAAAGCAUAAAAAUAUGAUAUGUUUGCUUUACAGAUAUUUAGGAAACAUGAUCACAUACUUUUUUAUUAUUAGUCUACUAAUGCAGAAUGUAGCCGACAUAAAACAGGGAACAAUCGACCAUGUAAGACACUUCCAUUGUGACUAACACAGAGAAAAGAAAAAGGAGCCAAGACAAUCAGGUAGCUGGAAAAAUUUAUUAUUAUUAUUAAAUAUAUAUUAAAUAUAUUUAGUAAAUGACAGAGUGUCAGAAUUUGACAGAGUUUCUCAAACGUUCAAACUCACAUAGAAAUAAAUAAGGAGUGCCUACAAGCGUUCACGUACUUGUUUCUCUGAAAAGCGACACUACAUCCAGAUGUGGUUUGAAAUGCGGUUCCAUGUCGAGUGUCUGAUUUGUUUUGAUUUGUGUGGCUCCGCCCACUGACAAUUCACCCAAUAGCAUUUCGACACCCGGGUUGCCAGUUGGCGGGAAACUCCGUACUGGACGUGUUCUCAAUCUGGCAACCCGCGUGAGUGUCGAGUCUGAGGAGCAGAGCCAGCCCGAGCAUUUUGGGGGCCCUAAGCAGAAUAAAACUUACCAUCACGACUAUUGGUUUUCA